AUGGGAAGACUAGCCAUAGAAAAUUAUGUGGUCGUUGGUGUGACCUUGGCAGUGAUCACCGCUUCCUGUCAACUACUUUUCCUUCCUUUUCUAUUCUCUGAAAUUGAUGCGAUCCGAGAGGAAUUCGAUACGGAAAUCCGAGAAGCAUUGAGAAGUUUCGAGAGAUCUUAUGAGAAUCUGGCUGGGAUUCAGAGGCCGGUGUCGAUAAGGAAACAGAGGGAGGCGGUGAAGAAUAUGGUCACCACUGAUCACACCUCCACCGGCCCUGCCGAUCAUCGUGUCAAUCCCACAGAACCCUCUGGCCCUCCUCACGCUGACGCUGCAAAAACUCAUCGAGCUCGACUCUCCGGGUCCACCGGAAUCCUUCAAGCCGCUGCACCGCCAUCCAUGUUCAGCCCAGAGCUCCGAAAACUUGCUCGCGAAACCCCUGCGCCCACUGAUGAGUACGAGGAAGAGGAGUCAGAGUAUGAAGAGACGGAGACCAUCUCAGAUAUGCCCAGAGCUCCCGGAGGAGCGCAAGUUAUCCUUGGAGCCCCUACUUCUGCUGUCGUCAACCCGCCUGGAGCUCCCAAGCACCCCACUUUACUUCAUUCCGGGGAGCGUCCAGUCCCAGGGCCUCUUCCUAUUUGCCCACUAGAAGAAAACCGGUGCCCAGCUGGUCCCCCUGGUCCACCAGGUCAUAGAGGAACCCCUGGUCAAGCGGGUAUUGAUGGUAAUGACGGAUUACCAGGAGCCGAUGCAAUGGAUGAGUUGACUCCAAGUUUCCCCACAUUCUGUGUCACCUGUCCACCUGGUCCGGAUGGUAAGCCAGGUACACCUGGAAACACUGGCAAGCCUGGGCUAGUGGGUGCACCAGGGAUUCCUGGACCAAUGGGAAAGAAUGGUCAACCGGGGGCACCUGGAGGUUACGGAAGUCCUGGAAAGCAAGGAUCGAUGGGUUCCCGUGGAGCAGGAGGAAUGGUUGGACAGGAUGGAGUGGUUCUGUUGAACACGAAGGGUCCAAAGGGGCCACCAGGAAAAUCUGGAACAGAAGGGCAACCUGGAGAGGAUGGUACUAACAACAAUACUCCAGGACCAAUGGGAGAACUUGGUAGCCCUGGAGAAAUGGGGAGACCCGGUGCAAAUGGAUUGUUGGGAAGGAGAGGAGAACUUGGAGAGCUAGGAUUGCAGGGAGAGAAUUCGGAGGAGUGUAGCUGUGAGAUGUUAAUGAAGAAGUCGAUUGAGAAUGCGGAGAACUCUGCCUAUUCCGCGGUGGAAGCCUUGGCGAUGACUCAGACGCCUCAGGCUCCACAGGUUGUGCCGGAGAUCAGAAGGACACCUCAGAAGGCGUCGGCGUUGGCGGCAGGUGGUCUACCAACGCUAGAAGAAUUGAGACACGGAUACCAGAAGAGUCCGGUGACAUUUGCACAGGAGGAUCGAGUGCAGAAGUUUGCAGUGGCGCCGAGUGAUGUUGCUGUUAAUGAGGAGCCGCUGGUGCCUGCUGGACAGUUUGCAGUUGCCAGUGAAGCAGAGAGCGUGGAUCAGAAGUCAGAGGCGGAGCCUGUAGAGGAGGAGUCAGAACCGGAGCCAGAUACUCCAGAACCCGAAUCUUCCACUGAUGCAAUUGUGAUUGAUGGAGGGUCAGAUGACAUUGAAGAAGAAGAAUCAGAAAUCGUUGAGCCUUCCCAGCCAUCCCAAUCACGACCUGCUCUCUUCGCUCCACCCCGUGCUCAACUCCCUACAGUAUCCAUUGGACCCCAGGCUAGCGAGCAAGUUGUGAGCCUCUCCCCACCGAAAGUUCACGCUGUGAAGACCUCUCUGCCACGUGCCAAUGGAGAGAGCCGUCAGAAACCGUUGGAUGGCGAUACGGAGGUGAAGAAGACGCGUGGAGAAUCUAGAAGACGGCGGAUAGUGAAGGUGAAACGUGUGCCAUGGAGACACCCGGCGUUUAGAGUGUUUUCGACAACAAAUGAAAACUUUGCCUUCAACAUGGAUGAGGGGGAGAAACCGUUCCGUGUCGAGAAGGAAAUCGCGAGGGAAUCGGAGAAGAAGGUGGUGAACUUGAAGGAAAUCCGAAGGGCGCCGAAACGAUUGAGACGGAAGCAGAAGCUUGGAAAAAUUGAGAAGAAACUCCGCCGUGUCCAUGUCACACCUUCCAAAAAAUUAGCUUAUCAACAACGACAAAACUCGAACAUUCUAGAGAAUAUCGCCGAGAGUUUGGGACUGAUCGAGAACCAACCACCAAAAGAGCACAGAAAACGACAGCAAAAAAUGAAUCGGGUACCAAUUCCAUAA